AUGGGUAGCGACGACCAUAUCCUCAUCACCUUGUCCGGAGAAGGUCCCUGGGGCUUUAGACUUCAUGGGGGAGCAGAGAAGAGUUUACCUCUUCUUGUGUCAAAGGUACGUAAGCGCAGCAAGGCAUGCCGAGGUGGACUAAGAGAAAAUGAUGAACUGGUCGCCAUCAAUGGAAAACCCUGCACAGGACUAUCACAUGCAGAGGCAAUGCAGAUGAUAGACUCUUCAGGUGGCAGUCUCCACAUCCGUGUUAAACGGGCAGCAGCUGGAGCCCAGACACCUCGGUCCCACAAAGUGUAUCCGUCCCCUAGCAGCCCAAACUCCAUCAGAAGCCCAGAACCCCCCACUUCCUGGGGUACAUCCCCAUCCAUCUCCAACACACCUGGUCAACCCCGACUGCUGCACCUGGAGAGCAUUACCUCUCCUCCUGAUAGUGAAGCCUACUACGGGGAAACUGACAGCGACGCUGACAUCAAGGCAUCACCAGGCCAUCUCCAGAGUGCACAACAACAUCAUACCCAGCAGCAGGCACAGCCAGAAAAGCAUCGGAGGGCACGAAAGAAAAGUCCAAGAUCACCACCUGGAAGCAGCAGCAAGGCAGAGAACGAGCAGCAAUCACUAUCUGAGAUGAGUGGGUAUGAAAGUGGCCCUGGAGGUGCAACUGAUGAUGUCUUGCAGUCAACAAGUGGAGUGGCCAAAAGAGAAAUAACAUAUGAGCCUGAUGGUAGCAGAGCUGAAACCCCCUUCUCAGAUGUGGAAGGCUUCCUGCCAGUUGAAGAGCCUGAACCAAUAUCCGAUAUCACUGCAGACUCACCUGAGUCUUUACUUCUGCCCCACACUACCAAGAACAUCAGAGCCGAGAGGCAUCUUAUUCCUAUGAUAGGACCGGUGGAUCACCCUGUAGAUGAAGAUCUGACCACAACCUACUCGGAUAAAGCCAAAGAAGCAAAACUUCACCGCAGUGAAAGCGCCCAGGAGAAAAAUGUAAAGGAAGCUAGAACCAAAUGCAGAACUAUUGCAUCCUUAUUAACUGAUGCUCCAAAUCCCCACUCAAAGGGGGUUCUUAUGUUUAAGAAGAGACGGCAAAGAGCAAAGAAAUAUACACUUGUGAGUUACGGAAGUGUAGACGAAGAUUAUAUUGAAGACGAGGACGGUGUCCUUCCAACAAGUGAAUCGGAAUUUGAUGAGGAAGGCUUCUCUGAUGCACGCAGUUUAACAAAUAAUUCUGAUUGGGACAGCACAUAUCUGGACAUUGAAAAGCCAAAGAUGGAACAUGAACAUCCAGAAGAAAAGGGUUUGAGUGAGGCAUCUGGCAAAGGUGCUACAUUGUUUGAACUGCAGAGGCAGAGAUCGGAACAGGCUGCUGAAAAUAUUCCAGCACAAAAUCAGACUAUUCAAAAAACCCCCAUUGCCCCUCCUCGGAAGUCAAUGGUCAAUGGGAAUGCCAACCAUCAGGUUAAUUUAGAAAGAAAUCAGCAGGCUCAGGGCUCAGAAAACAUCAAGGUGGCAAGUGCACAGAUAUCACUAGCACCUGCUCACACUCUGGUUCCACAAGCUGGUAAUAUCCAGUCACCAGUCUCUGGAUUGCCGAUCUUCAAUAGGUCUGCACGACCAUUUACUCCAGGUCAAGUUGGACAACGGUCUGUAGCCUCAUCAGUCAUGUUCAACCCUAUGCCGCAAAAAAAACCUGAAAGUGCACUAGUCCAAAAUAUUGCUCCACCGCCAUUCACACCAUUUACACCAGAUGUAUCUAUAAGUGCUCAAAAAACUACACCAGUUAGCUCAGUUGCAUCUCUUUAUAUUCCAGCAGCAGGGACUCCACGGACUACUACUGCUUCAAUAUAUCUGUCAUCUCCUUCACGUCCAUCAGGACCUCCAGUGAUUACUUCCCAAGCAAAUGUUACAGCUAACGCUCCGGCAACCCCUGUGAGACCUACAGCAUCACAGUAUAUUAGUCCUGCAAGUCACACAUCCUCUUACUUGUCACCAGCAGUCCAAUCACCAGUAUCUGCAACUUCAAGAGAGCAGAAAAUAUCUGUGCCUGCUGGGCGCACUGGGAUCUUAAAUGAAGCCCGAAAAAGAGGGGGUAAGAAACAGAUGUUUGUUAAAAAAGAGGAGAAGAAAUACCAACCUAACCCAGAACUUUUGAAUAUGGUUCAGAACCUUGAUGAUAAACCCAAACAUGAGCAACAUGCUACAGGAUUUGAGUCUGGCCCAGAAGAGGAUUUUCUGAGCUUAGGAGCAGAAGCUUGCAAUUUUAUGCAGCCUUCAGCACGUAAAAAUAAAGUUCCUCCACCUGUGGCUCCAAAACCCAUUUUAAAAACAUCUGUAGAUGAAUUUGUGAAUGGAUGUCAAGAUUUACCCCAAUUGAAAGGUAAAGGCGCAGAGUUAUUUGCAAAACGGCAAAGCCGUAUGGAUAAAUUCGUGGUAGACUCAGAAAACAGAUCUCAAUCUAGACCUAAUUCAAGGCCAAGAACACCUUCACCAACUCCAUCUCUCCCCUCCUCUUGGAAAUAUUCAUCAAAUAUUCGUGCUCCCCCUCCAAUUGCAUACAAUCCUUUGAUGUCUCCAUUUUAUCCAUUAGCAGCCUCCAAACCGCAAGGAGGCAAGGUGGAGAGCAAAGUGAAAAAAGGUGCUAGUGGUAAGCCAAGAAUGCAAGCUAUUGAUUUUAUGCGUCAUCAGCCUUAUCAGCUCAAUCCAGCAAUGUUCUGUUCUGCUAAUUCUUCUAGCCAGAAUGCCCAAAAACCGGAUCUCUCUGUGAGUCCAGGCAGACAAGUUCCUGUGAAAACUAGAGCUCAUGAGAUUAAGCGCUUCUCAACUCCAACCCCAAUGUCAUCAUCUGUAAACAUGACUCCAACCGUGCUUAUGCCCCGAUCUGCAACUACACUUGCAGAACCAGUUUGGAGAACUGAUUUGACAAGCCAGUAUACACCUGCCAAUAUUUCUGGCCCUGCACCUUAUCAUCCUCCUGUCCUGGAAUCUCCACGAGAGUAUAAUCGUGCCGCUCCACUUCUAAGUCCUACAAGUUCUGUCCCCUCCCCCAGAGCACCAGUUUCUAGAAUCCAGGUACCAAAACCCAGGUUCUCUGCAGCCAAAACAGGAAUGCAGCCUAAUGUGUGGAGGCCAGCCCGAGUGCACUUCUAAUUUGC